AUGAGCCACGCUGACAGUGCUGCAUCGGUAGCGCGCCGUGACGAAGCGAGCAAAGAGGCGGAGGAGGCCGAGCGCAUGCAGAUGACGGAGGCCGACCAGGAAAUGCUGAACAUGGACUCGGACGUCAUUGAAGAAGUGCAGCUGGAUGGUCUUGUGCUGAUGAAGAUCAUUAAGCACUGCAAGGACAACCAUGCUGCGAAUGGCAGCAAUGCGUGGGGUGCGUUGCUUGGUAUGGAUGUGGGCGGUACGUUGGAGGUGUCGAAUGUGUUUGGUCUCCCUGGCGCACGCAGCGAGCGUAGUGAGGAAGAGGAGCGCAACACGCGUUCGACGAUGCAGUACAUCGGCGAGAUGCUCCGUCUUCUGCGCCAGGUGAACACGGAGGUCAACCCGGUGGGUCUGUACCAGGGCGCCUUCCUGGGCCCCUUCCUGAACACAGCCGUGGUCGAUGGCCUGAACACACUCUCGGUGCUCAUGGAGCGCGAGGGCAACCAUGGCUGCGGCAAGGCCGUGCUGCUCGUGCACGACUACGCCCAACUCGCGGAGGGCAACACAGUGAUCAAGGCGUACCGUAUGGCGCCUGCAUUUGUCGAGGCGUACCGCAAGGGCAAGUUUACCGUGCAGAGUCUGAGUGAGCACCGUUUGACGUUCUCGAACAUACUAGAGGAGAUUCCUGUGCACAUCCACAACACGGCCCUUCUGAAUGCGUUCUUGGCUACAAUUACGACAGAGAAUGCCCCAGCGCCGCGUAUUGUGCCGCGGACUUCGAAGGAAAAGCUGAUGCAACCAGCUGAUAUGCAGGUGCCGUCGAGUUUCAUGGACUUGAACUUGGCGCUGGAGCCUGUGCUUGUGUCCACCGCUGAGUCGACGUUGGACGCGGCCGAAGCGUACGCGGCGGAAGCUGGUACCGUCGGCUACCAGGCGCGCCAAGUCGCGCGUGAAAAGGCCAAGGCGGAGGCGUUUGUGACGCGUCGCAAGGCCGAGAACGCGACGCGCGAGGCGGCGGGUCUCGCGCCUUUGCCACUCGACGAAGUGCACAAACUCUUCAAGAUCCCUGCAGAGCCGAACCGUUUGGAGAGCUUGUUGCUGCUGAACCAACUGGACCAGGCGGCGCACCGCCUCACGGAUACCGCUGCGCUCGGCGCUGUGCAACUGGAGGCGGCUCGCACUGGUACAGCGUAA